UUGCGCCAGUAGGGGCAACUCCCAAGUUAAAGAAUUGGGCGGCAGGACGCAAGCAGGGGCGGGGAGGCGGAGAAGGGUAGAGUGCACCCAGAGGAGGGGGAGCAGGGGCCCGGGGGGGAGCGCGGGCGUGGCCGUGGGCGAAACAGACAACGGUGGCCAAGUAUAUCAAACUGUGCCACUGCGCUUUGCGCUGCUUAGCGCUUGUUAUCUGUCACAACAAUGCCGCCGAGUUUCAAAUAUGUCAUCCUCGGGGGAGGUGUCGCCGCCGGAUAUGCAGCUUGGGAGUUUGUGCUAUCAGGACUACGGCCAGGGGAGCUGGCAAUAAUCAGCAAAGAGCAGGUGGCACCCUAUGAGAGGCCGGCGCUGAGCAAGGGGUACUUGAAUCCUGAAGGGCCUGCUCGAUUGCCAGGCUUUCAUACAUGUGUUAAUAUGGGUGGGCCAGCAGAAAGACAUGGCCCAGAAUGGUAUGCUCAACAUGGUAUUACGCUUAUGCUUCAGACAGAGGUCAUCGGAGGGGAUUUGUCGAAGAAGGAGCUGUUGACGAAGAGCAAAGACAUCAUAAAGUUUGAAAAGCUGAUUAUUGCAACAGGUUCAACGGCCAUGAAACUGACAGAUUUCAAGGUCCCAAAUUCGGAUGCAAGGGGCAUUUACUACCUGCGAGAGGAAGCGGAUGCAGCUAUACUCGACAAGGCUGUAAAGAAAGCGAAGGGGAAAAAUGCCGUGGUUCUUGGUGGCGGCUACAUUGGCUUGGAGAUUGGAGCUGCUCUGGUCAUCAAUGGUGUCCAGACGACGAUUGUGUUUCCAGAGCCGCAUUGCCUACGUCGGGUGUUCACACCAGAAAUUGCUGCAGUGUAUCAGACUCAUUAUGAUGGAAAGGGGGUCAAAUUCAUCCAGGCGGCUGUCGUAGGCUUUGUUGUCGACAAUUCUUUAAAUGUGACUGGUGUUAAGCUGAAGGACGGCUCCUCGCUUCCUGCAGCCAUGGUGGUGGUUGGCGUUGGUGCACGACCAUGUAGUUAUCUCUUCCCGAAACAGCUUGCUAUUGAACAAGGUGGAUAUAAGGUAAACGGGAGGCUCGAGACAAGCUUGCCAGAUGUGUAUGCAGUGGGUGAUGUAGCGACUUUUCCAAUCAAGUUGUAUGGAAAUGAAAUGCAACUGCAAGGGCACGUGCGACAUGCGCGAAUGUCAGGGAAAUAUGUCGUACAAUCCAUCAGAGCCCAGGAGGAAUGCCGAGUCAUUGACGAUUACGAUUAUGUGCCAUAUUUCUACUCCAGGAUGUUGGAUAUGCGUUGGCAGUUCUUUGGUAAGAACGUCGGUGACUGUGUUGUCUGGGGACUCGCGAACGUGACACCUGCAGGUGGAAAGUUCGGUGCGUAUUGGGUGAUGGAUGGAAAGGUUGUUGGCGCAUUCUUGGAGAGUGGAAGCACUGACGAGUACGAGGCGUUGUCGAGACUUAUUCGCGAGCAGCCACAGGUUACUGACCUGAAGAAGCUGGAAGAGGAUGGAAUCUGCUUUGCACUCACUGUUGCGAGUCCUCAGGUUGUGAGAUAGACGCCGAGUCGUGUUGCAAUGCACUACAGCAGCAGCCGUCAGCUGAUCCCGAACCGACACCCUCCCUGUAGCCAGCCUAUACUCGUCACAUUUCCCGUCUGUCCCAUGUCAGGUUAAUAGCCUACGAGCAAUCAAUAACCGGGCAGGAGUGGGAGAAAUGGGGCUUGGGGCCAAGGUGGGAGUGAGAGGUCAAGUUGUGGCAGAAGCAAGGAGGGUCGAUGUGAAGAUUGUGGAAGUGAAAAGGAGAAAGAAGACACCGGCCGGUCCAAGGAGCCUGUCAAUUACCUGCAGUGAACUUGAUUUGACAGAAGUGAACCUCUGAAUCUGCCUUGCGUAAGGUGGUAGCCUGGUAGGCGAUCGGACUCCGGACCUGCUGUGAAUUGUACAAUCUCCUGGUUCAGGGGCAGCAUUUCCAUGGGCCUCGCUCCACGACUCACCACACGCACAAAAAACACAGAAAAUUGGCGGCGUAUCUUCCCAUGUUCCAGCGGAAGAUUCGUUCUCAUUUUGCAUAUUUGGCGAGCCUCCCAAGUCUGAACAAGACAAGUCAAUACAAGAGACAAGUUAAGACACAACAAUACAGAACUCACAGCUCGCCCUUUUUGGUGCACAUCAGCAUGAUGAACAUCGAUAUUUUUUGUGCCUACUUUCAAUCUAGAUACUUUCACGAAUACGGACACCAUCACAAUUAUGUGCCAGGAGUUUGCUGAAGAUGGUUUUUUUGGUGAUCAAGCAGAAAACACUACAACGUUUAGCUUAAGUAUUCUAUUUUUAGAACUACCAUCUUCUCCCGAAUACAGAGUAUGGUCAUUACAGCUGUAUUUCUGCCUACUUUCAGUCUUGAUACAGAGAUAAUGACCAUAUGUUGUAUUCGGAGGAAGACGGUAGUAGCGCACACUGAUAGACAGUAGCUGUGAGAAGCAUUCACAGGCAGUACAUGAAUGGACGUUUAUGGCAGUACACCAUCCUUCUCCCAUAUCUGAUGAAAGCACGGUUCCAUCCUGCUUAUCCUCUCUCCCUUUUCAUGCUGUGAUCAUGUGGACUUGUUCAUUGGUUAUUAUCUUUACUAUUCGUUGGCUAUUCGCCUUUACGAAAUUACAAGUGCUUUGCUUUACCAAAU